AUGCUGUUCAAGUCGACCCUCAUCGCAGGCGCAUUCGCCGUCCUCGCCUCCGCUCAGUCCUCCAACAACUCGAUUCCCGCCACGGCCGACACGCGCGUGCUGGCGCUCACGGACGUGCAGUAUGCUAACAGUGGACUCGGCGACUCUGGCAACGCCGGUUUCGGCGUGCGCUUGAACUCGAAGGCGCUCUUGACGGUCGUCCUGUCGUCUGGACAGGUCAUUCAAAACGGCCAGCAGUAUCCCGUCGACCAGCUCCAGGAGCGCCCUACCGUUUACGUCACACCGUCCGACAACAACGCGGAUUUGUUCAACUCGUCGAGCAAGUACACCUUGACGCUCGCCGAUGCCUCCUCGCUCGGAGACGCCGACCCUCAAGGCAACUACCGCCACUUCCUCGCGAACGGCUUGACCGGCGCCGCAGGAUCCGGCAACAACAAGACCUUCACGCCUCAGGCCGGCACGACCAUCACGAACUACGCCGCUCCUGGUCCUCUCCCUGGCACUGGACCUCACCGCUACGCGUGGCUUCUCUUUGAGGAGCCGGCCAACUUCCAGGCGCCGAGCAACCUGUCGACUUCGGGCGUCUCGCCGUCGCACUGGUACGUGAGCUCGUACGUCCAGCAGACCGGCAUCCAGCUCGUCGCCGCGAGCUUCUUCACCGUCCAGAACGGGAACCCGACCGGUUCCGUCGCCUCGACCGCGGCUGUCAACACCGCUACUUUCUCUGCCAGCAGCGCCUCCGGUUCCGGCUCUGGCUCGGCCGCUCCCUCGCAGACCUCGGGCAGCUCGUCGCCUUCGGGCAGCAGCAAGCCCUCGAGCGGUGCCGCGCAGAUCGCUGCCUCCCUCGGCGCAGGGUUCGUCGGCCUUGCCGGCCUCGUUGCGCUCCUCUAA